CUCUCUGCCUCUGAGAGCAUCUAAGAUGUCCUGGGAUUCACACACACACACACAGAGAGAGAGAGAGAGAGAGAGAGAGAGAGAGAGGGAGGCUUUUAUCUGACUCUGAGCCGCAGCUCAAGCACCUCAGCAGAAGAAGUGCCUUUCCUUGGAUCUACACAAUAGGAAAAAGCUCCAGGAUAAUUUGUGUUUUUCCAGCUGUACUUCAAUGAGGAUGCGGGCGAGGAGAGUGGAUCCACAGUGUGUGAUGAUCAAGAAGAUGAUCUCACGGAUGCAUUUCAGCAGCUCUUCCUGACUCAGAUCCCUGUGCGCCGCUGCCUGUCGUGAUGGAGCAUGUUCAAGGGGCCUGGAAGAGCGCCAGUCACGGGUUCGGAUGCAAAGACUCGGUGUUCGAAGAUCCCUGCAUGUCUCCCAACAUUCUCAAGAACUUCCCGUACCGGAGAUUGUCAGACGAUGGGAGAAUCCCAGACUCUAAAGCUAGCGGCACGAUCCGUGUCUACCUGCCCAACAAGCAGCGGACUGUGGUGAACGUGCGAGCGGGAAUGACGCUGCGCAACUGCCUCAUCAAAGCCCUGAAGGUGCGUGGACUCCAGCCCGAGUGCUGCGCCGUUUUCAAGCUCCAUCGAGAACACACAUUUAAGAAGCUGCGUAUGGACUGGAGCACAGACUCGACCUCGCUGGUGGGAGAGGAGCUUCUGGUCGAAGUCUUAGAUCACGUCCCAUUGACCACGCACAAUUUUGUACGAAAGACGUUUUUGAAGUUGGCCUUUUGUGACAUAUGUCAGAAGUUUCUUCUACAUGGUUUCAGAUGUCAGACGUGCGGAUACAAGUUUCAUGAGCAUUGCAGCACCAAAGUGCCCACCAUGUGUGUGGACUGGAGCAACAUCCGACAGCUGCUGCUGUUCCCGACUCCCGGAGAGAACGGCACUCCGUCACUCCCGCCCCUCUCGUCCCGUCGGAUGCAAAACUCUAAAUUCUCCUUCAGUCCCUAUCACAGAUACUCCACGCCGAACGCUUUAAACUACAUCGCCCCCAUGCCGUCCCCUGGCGUGUCUCUCAGUCAUAAAGUGCUGUCCACAUCUACGCCUAACGUCCACAUGACGAGCACCACACAACCCGUGGACGAGGCCGCUUAUCAGGAAGCCUUAGGCUGUGAUGAAUCAGGAAGCCCUCAUAAUGAAAGCCCAACCGACUGGCCCAAAACCCCGGUUCCGGGUCACAGGGAGAAAGCGCCUUCAAACAACGCUCAGGAAAAAAGAAUUCGUCCGCGAGAGAAGAGAGACUCCAGCUAUUACUGGGAGAUCGAGGCCAGCGAGGUGCCUCUGCUCUCCAGGAUCGGGUCGGGCUCCUUCGGCACCGUUUACAAAGGGAAGUGGCACGGUGAUGUCGCUGUAAAGAUUUUAAAGGUGACGAAUCCUACACCGGAGCAGUUACAGGCCUUUCGCAAUGAAGUGGCUGUUCUCAGGAAGACCAGGCAUGUCAAUAUUGUGUUGUUUAUGGGAUACAUGACCAAGGCAAAGCUGGCCAUUGUGACGCAGUGGUGUGAGGGAAGCAGUCUCUACAAACAUCUGCACGUGCAAGAGACCAACUUCCAGAUGUUCCAGCUGAUGGACAUCGCCAGACAGACGGCACAGGGCAUGGAUUACCUACAUGCAAAGAAUAUCAUCCAUCGAGACAUGAAGUCAAACAAUGUGUUCCUGCACGAAGGCUUGACGGUGAAGAUCGGGGACUUCGGUCUGGCCACAGUGAAGGCGCGAUGGACCGGUUCUCAUCGCGUCGAGCAGCCGUCGGGAUCCGUCCUCUGGAUGGCUCCCGAGGUCAUCCGGAUGCAGGACAACAACCCGUACAGUUUCCAGUCGGAUGUGUAUUCCUACGGGAUCGUCCUAUACGAGCUGAUGACAGGAGAACUGCCCUAUUCUAUGAUCGGGAACCGAGACCAGAUCAUCUUUAUGGUGGGUCGAGGUUACCUGACCCCUGACCUCAGUAAACUGUACAAGAGCUGUCCUAAAGCCAUGAAGAGACUCGUCGCGGACUGCAUCCAGAAGACUAAAGACGAGCGGCCGCUGUUUCCACAGAUCCUGUCCUCCAUCGAGCUUCUCCAACACUCGCUCCCGAAGAUCAACCGCAGCGCGUCGGAGCCGUCGCUGCACCGAGUCUCGCACACCGAGGACAUCAACGUCUGCACACUCGCGCUCUCAGCCGCGUUCAAGUGACUCGUGAAGCGCUCAUGUCAUCGUCUCUGUAUCCCAGCACGAGUUCAGGUCAUGAUGAUGCGGAGAGGGAACGUGGGAGAAUAUCUCUCCGUCAGGCCAUCCCUCACUCUCUCAUCAAUCCCACAAUCGUGUGUGUGUGUGUGUGUGUGUGAACGCAGUGCAGCAGGUUGUAAAUAUUCCCGAAGUGCCAGUGCCGUGUUUUUAUCCGCUUCAUGAUCACGUGUCUCUUUGAUUUUUGCACCAACACAAAAUCUAAGAAGAGCGGGUAUUAACUUUAUUUUGAAACUCAUUAGGGCCCCUUUUUUUUCCCAGCUUGUUACUGCUUGUCAUGGAGAGUUAACUUGUAAACUUGACAGAUUGUUUAUGCAUUGUAUUUUAAUAAAAUUAAGUUAAAUACACCACA